AUGAGGAGCCGUAUAAACCCCGCCACUGCAGAGUUUGGAGCUGUGUUGAAGGCGAGGCAACAAGCGUAUCUGAGUGGCUGCUGCGCGCAAGGAGCGAGUAACUUUCACUUUGGGCACAGUUGUGCGCUGAUUAGAGCGGCAGCUGGAUGGAGAGCUGGCUCCAGACGUGAGCGCUCGGCUUUCAGAGAGGAUGAGGCUGCGCACCGAGACGGACUGCUCCGCACGCACGAUGGGACCCAAGACUUUCACUUGUCGGAACCAACAAACGAGGAGAACGCGCCAGGGUCUGUCAUCGGAAACCUGGCCAAGGACAUGUCCUUGAGUCUGUCUCACUCUUCUAAGUCCAAUUUCAGGAUGAUGAAACAAUUCAACGAUUCAUUUAUUAGAGUGAGAGAAAGCGACGGGGAGCUCAGUGUGGGAGAACGAAUUGACAGGGAGAGACUGUGCAGGCACUCUCCACAGUGUCUCAUUACUUUUGAUGUGGUCAAUUUUUCAAAAGAGCGCUACAAAUUGAUUCACGUUGAGGUGGAAAUAAAGGACAUCAAUGACAACUCCCCGGAGUUUCCAAACAGGGAGUCUAUAGUGGAGAUUUCUGAGAAUGCUCUGGUGGGCUCCAGGAUCCCCCUGGACCCAGCAGUGGAUGCGGACGUGGGCUCCAACUACAUCCAGAGCUAUCAGGUUUCUGUGAACAGCCACUUUACCAUAGAUGUGCUCCAAAGAGCGGAUGGGGUUAAAUAUGCGGAAUUGGUGCUAAUGAAGGAGCUGGACAGAGAGACACAGUCCUCUUACACUGUGGAGCUGGUGGCCACAGAUGGGGGCAACCCGCCCAGAUCCGGAUCCGCCAACGCGAUGCACAGGUCACAAAGCAAGCGACACUAUGGGGAGUUGGAUGUGGUUGUGGGGGGGGGGGGUGGGUUAAGAAGGGGGGAGGAUGUUAGUUUUGUGGGUUGGAGGGGGGGUUGUGUGGUGGUGGGGGGUUGUUGUUGGAAGAUUUGUGAUGGGUGUUGUUUUGGUUUUUUUAAAGGGGGGGGUUGGUGUUUGUUUGUUUGUUUUGGUAAUUUGUGGAAUGGUGGUGGGGGUUGGUUGUUUGGAGUUGUGGUAUGUGUGUUUGGGGUUUGUUGUAGGGGGGAUGGAUUAUGUUUGGGUGUGGGGGGGGGGAUGGGGGGGGUGGGUGUAUUGGAGAGAGGAAGGUGGGGGGGGGGGGGGGGGGGGGGGGGUGGUUGUGUUUUGAGGAUGUUUUUUGAUAGGGGGGAGGGUUUGGGUGUGGUUGGAGUUUUUGGUAUAGGGGGGUGGGGUUUUUUUGGGUGGGGUUUUUGUGGUGUGGGGGAGUGGGGGUUUUGUUGUGUUGGUUUGGGUUGUUUUUUAGGGUGUUGUGUUGUGGGGUUGGGGGUUGGUUGUUUGUUGUGGUUGUGGGGGUGUGGUUUGUUGUUUUUUUUGGUGGUUUUUGGAUUUGUGGUGGUGGGUUGGGGUGUUAGGGGGGGGGGGGGGUUGGGGUUUGGUGGGGUUUGUUUUGGGUGGGGGUGGGUUUGUGGGGGGGUGAGGUUGGGGUUGUGUUUGGUGGGUGUGGGGGGGGGGGGGUGGGUGUGGUUGGGGGUGUGGGGGGGGGUGAUGGGUUUGGUUUGUGGUUGUUGUUGGGGGUUGUGGGUGUUUGGGGUGGUGGUGUGGGGUGGUGUGGGGGGUGGGUGGGUGGGGGGUGGGGUGGGGUGUGGGGUUGGGUGUGGGGUUGGGUUUUGGGUUUGGGGUUGUGUUUGUUUUUUUGGGUGUGAUUGUUUUUUUGGUGGUUUUUUGGUUUUUUGGGUUUGGGGGUGUGUUUUUUUUUUGGGGAGGGUGUUUUGGGUGGUUGUUUGGUUUGGGGGGUUUGUUUGGUUUGGGGGGUGGGGGGGGGGGGGGGGGGGGGGGGUUUGGGGGUGGGGGGUUGGGGGGGGGUGGGGGUGUGUGGUGGGGGGGGUUGGGUGGGGGGGGGGGGGGGGGGGGGGGGGUGGGUGUGGGGGGGGUGGGGUGUUGUGGUGGGUGUGUGGUUUGUUGGUUGGGUUGAGGUGGGUUGGGGGGGGUGGUGGUGGGGGGUGGUGUGGGGGGGGUGGUGGGUUUUGGGGGGGGUGGGGGUGUGUGGGUUUUGGUGGGUUUUGUGGGUUUGGGGGUGUGGGUUUGGUGGGGGUUGUUGGUUUGUGGUUGGGUUGUUGUUGGUGUGUUUGGUGUGUUUGUGUUGGGGUGGGUUGUGGAUGUGGUUGGGGGGUGUGGGGGUGGUUUUUGGUUGUUGGGGUGUGGGUUUUGUGGGUGGGGUUGGUGUGUGGGGUUUGUUGGGUGGGGUGUGGGUUGGGUUGUUUGGUUUUUUUUGUUGUUGGUGGGUGGUGGGGGUGGGUUUUGGUGGUGGUUGGGGUGGGUGUUGUGGGGGUGUGGGUUUUGGGGUGGGGGUGUUUGUGUUGUGGGUGGUGGGGGGGGGUGGUGUGUUGGGGGGGUAGGUGGGGUUAUGUUUUGUGUUGUUUUGGUGGGUGUGUGGGGGUGGUGUUAGGUUUUGGUGGGGGGGGGUUGGGGUUGGGGGGGGUGUGGGUUUGUUUGUGGGUGGGGGGGGGGUUUGGUUGUGUUGGUGGUUGGGGUGGUGUGUGUUGUUGGGUUGUUUUGGUUUGUGGGUUGGUUGGUGGUGUGUUUUUGUUGUUUUGGGGGGUUUGUGGGGUGUUGUGGGUGGGGGUGGGGGGGGGGUGGGUGGUGGUUGGGUUUUGGGUGUUGGGGGGUUUGUUGGGGGGGGGGUGUGGGGUGGUUGUUGUGUUGGGGUGGUGGGGGGGGGGUUGGGAUUUGUUGGGGGUGUGGGUGUUGGGGGGGGUUGUGUGGGUUUUGGGUGGGUGGUGGUGUUUUUGUUGGGUUGUGGGUUGGGUGUUUUGGGAUUGGUGUUGUUUGGUGGGGGGUGUUGUGUGUGUGGGGGGUGUGGGUGGGGUUGUGUGUGGGUUUGUUGGUUUGGGGGGGUUUUUGUGGGGGGGGGGUGUGGGUUUUGUUGGGGGGGUUUGGUGUGGUGGGGGGGGGUUUUUGUGGGGGGGGUUUUUUGGGUUGGUGUUGGGGGGGGGGGGGUUGUGGUGUGGGUGGGGGUGGUUUGGGGGGGGGUGUAUGUUUUUGUGUGUUGUGGGGUUGUGGGUGUUUGUUGUGUGUGUUGGUGUUUGUUUGGGGGGUUGGGUGUGUGUGUGGGGUUGGGUGGGUUGUGUUGGUUGGUUUUGUUUUUGGGUUGUUGUGGUAGUGGGGUGUUGUUUUUUGGGUUGUGUUUUGUUGUUUUGUUGGGUAUUUGGGGGUGUUGUUAGUUGGUUGUUUUGUUUUGGGUGGGAUUGGGUUGGGGGGGGUAGGAGGGGGAAUAUGAGGGGGUUGUGUGGGGUGUGUAUGGGUGGUGUUGAUGUGGGUGGGGGGGUGUUUUUUGAGGGGUGGUGGAUUUGGGUUGAUUUGGGGGUGGGUUGGGGUGGUAGGUUGUGGGGGGGGGGUUUAGUUGGGGGGGGGGGGGGUUGGGGGGGGGUGGUGUGUAUUAAGUUGUUUUGUGGGGGUUGUGUUUGGGUUUUUGGGGUUUUGGGGGGGUUUUGGGUGGUGUGGUGGGUGGGUUGGGGGUGUUGGGGGUUUUGUGUGUUUUUUGUUUGGGGGGGGUGUUGGUUGGGUGUUGUUUGGGGGGGGGUGUUGGUGGUUUUGGGUUUGUAUUGGUGUUGGUGGUGUGAGGUUUGUUUUGGGUGUUGUUUUGGGGGGUUUGGUUUGGGGGGGGGGUUUGUUUGUGUUUUGUGGUGGGGGGGUGUUGGGGGGGGGGUGUGUUGGGUUUUGGGGUUGGGUUGUGGGUGGGGGGGGUGGGGGUGUGUGUUGUUUUUGGUUGUGGUGUUGUGGUGGGGGGGGUGA